AUGGGAAACCCUUUCACUGCCGCUGGUCGGGCGGUUAAGACGUAUGCCCGGAAUCUCAAGAAUGCCCCGGCGGCUCAGUAUGUCACUCGUUCCGCCGCCGAGUCGGUUAUACCCGACCUGACGACAAUGCCGCCGCCAGCAUACCGCCCGGCAGAGUCUCGCCCCGUUAGUGCCGGCAGCCUCGACGAGGUCGAAAUCGAAAAAGAAAGACUGAAGGCAGCCGCCGCCCUCACGACAGGCCCUCUCCCCUCCGACAAACGAGCUCCAAAGAAGAAGAGCGGUGCCUUUGAUUUUGUUGUCAAGGCGGCUGGAUCCCGGUGGACAUUUCUCGUCACAUUGCUCCUCUUGGGCCUCUGGGCUGCACUUGGCGCAGUCUAUGGGCCAAACGAUACCUGGCAGGUCAUCUUCCAGGACAUAUCGUCCAUCCAGUGCUACAUCUCGGCCACGCUGCUCAUGCGGCAGCAGCAGAACUCGACGCGCUCGCUUCUCGACACAAUCUGCAGUAUGUUGUCUCGUUCACAGGGGAACGAGCGGCUGAUUCGCAAGCUUUCCGAGAAGCAGCUGACCGCACUCAAGCGCUCGCAGCGGGCGAUGCGAACGGACCUCACCAAUGCGCUCGACGCCAAGGAGGGCAUGUUUGAUCGGAUCGCCAAUGCAGUAUCGCGAUUCCUGGGCUCCUUGUCGGCACUCGUUAUUUACUGGGUCGGCAUCAUCGUCUGGAUUUUCUUCGGCAUCCCGCUGAUGUUUUCCGACACCUGGCAGCUCUAUGUGAACACGGCAACCGCACUCGAGUUGACGUUCACGACCAUGUUUCUUCAAAACGUCCGCCGCCAGCACGAGGAGUACUUGGAGCGAUGCCUCGCAUCCAUUGACAUUCUGGAUCGCGGCCUCGAGAUGGAUCUGCGCCGCAUGACCGGUGACAUGCAGCCCAACCCCGUCGUCGAAUCGCAACCGCCGCACCUCAACCGCACCGAGACGGCGAUUGACUUCUGGGCGUUCGUGGUCGGUGGCUCAGUUGGUGUCUUUCUGUCGGUCUCCGUGUUCGUUGCCUGGAUAUCCGUUGGCGACUUCAUGGAGUUUGACGACAACUGGUGGCUGAUCAUCGGCACAUACACUGGCCUCAUGGGCUUUAUUGACGGCUUCGUGCUGCGCAACGUCCACCACCGCGAGACCGGCAUGGCCGACCGGCACUUCGCCAUGCUGACUCAGCAGGACUACCGCCUGUACUCGCUGCUGGACAUCCCGUUCCCCGACGAGGACCAACAAACCCGCGACACGAAGGCAGGCAGACGCGUCGCGGCGCGCAUCUCGCACUGGAUCGGCCACGUAUGCGAGGUCCCCGCGGCUUCAACAGCCAGCGUGAUCGCCGUUGUCGCGCUGCUUAUCGUCGCAUCGGCCAUGCAAUGGACCGAGACCGGCCAGCUGCUCUGCAACACGCCCACCAUGAUUGUCGAGGGUUUCUUGUUGUUGAUGCUAAUCGAGGGCCAUAACAGCGCGGAGGGCAAGCGUCGCGCGCAGUACACGGACAUCCUAGAUCGUCGCCUGGCGAUGGAGCGCCGCGUAGCUGCGUGGGGUGACAAGUGGGAGUUGGAUGUGGAGAUUGACGAUGCCAGCAUUGCCAAUGUUCUGUUAAUCAGUGAGAAGUAUAUGGAGUAG